AUGUCGCAGUCGCAGCGAUCGCCUGGCCAAGUGCAUCUAGGGAUUCCGUCAUCGGGCGCACCCAGUCACUCGACAAAAGGCCUCAAUGCUGCUGCGGGCGUCUUUAAUCCGGGACAAGCGCACCGGGGCAGCUUCGAUGCACCGCCAGCUCUCAGUCCCGGUGCCGCGCCAUUUCAGCCAGGUGGCCAGCCGAGGCUGAGCGUGGGUGGCAAUGGUGGCACCACGCCGGGCAGGCUCGGUGGCUAUACCCCUGCACACCAAUUCCAGAUGCAGCCUCAGCUUGCACCCACGUAUGGCCAUCAGCUCUCGCCGCUCCAGAUGCCUAUACCUGGUGGGCAGCCCUCGCCCCAGCACACAUCGUUUGUCUCCCCCUUCUCAGCCGGGCCCACCAGUGGGGGGCUGCCGAGCCCUAGCCUGCGACCACCCGUUCCGACGAGCCCCGGAGGCAUGAUGCCGACAUCGCCGAUGAGCAGCACCGGUGGUGGUGGUGGUGGUGGUGGCGGCGGCGGCGGCGGAGGGCCAUCACCCCACUUCACCUCGCAGCAGCCCGCCCCCGUCGCCAUGACGCUCAACCACCCCUUUCAGCAGCAGCAGCAGCCAGGGUUUGGACGUGGUGGUCUCAUGGCAGGCCGCGGCGCGAGGAGGAACAGGGGCCCGCCACCAGUGAACCAGCCUCUCAAGACGACGGGCCACAACUCGAAGCCGUCGGUGAGCCUCAACCCGGCGGCAUUUGCAGCCGCGUUGGCCAGCCAGGGAGGACUCAAGACGAAGCGAAAGGCCGUCGUGACAAUGCCAAAGGAAGGGGGCGAGCAGGUGGAUGAAGAAGAGGCAGGCCAAGCAGCCCGAGACCAGGCCACGUCGGACGGGCUCGACCAAGAGGCUAUUGAUAAGAAGGCAGCGCAAGCGUCCCAGAGCGCAGCCGUUCGCAGCCGAUGGACCAAGAGACUUCCUCUGCCCCAUCUCGCCAUCCUCGACGAGAGAUUCGUCGAUGCUAAUGCGCUCAAGGAUGAAAACGUGCUUUCAACAGAGAUGUAUCCCGAGCCACAGGACCCGAGUGAGGGUCUGCCUGACUUCAUCGAGAUCUACCUCCCCGGUCAGGGAGCCUGGGACGAAUUCAAGGAUCUCCUCGCCGCAGAGGCAAAGGAGAGGGAGCUCGAGCUUGAACAACAGCGGGAGCAGGAGCAGCAAGGCAAAGACGAGGAUGAAGAUUCGGGCGAAGAAGAAGGCGCCGAUCUGCCGGUCACGUCCAUCUCCUCGCCUGCAGACGCCGCGCAGGUCUCUACCCGGCUGCAAGACUAUCUUCACAACCGCAACUCAUCCCCGCCAUCCUUUGAGCAGGACAGCAGUCCCAUUGUCCAGGCCCAGCCGCUGCCCAGCGAUGUGGCCGCCGAGGCGACAGCGCGCAGCCUCAGCCGCUUUGGCCCCACGCUCGCGACCCCUCGUCGCAACGACGGUAUCCGUUCAGCUUCAGGCUAUAGCAGCAGCCCGCAGCACAUCCAGACCAUGUCGCUGAGCAUGCCCUCCUCGGGUGGGCCGUUUGGCCCUGGCGCACUCUCUGCCCUCGGGCUCCCAAGCCCCAGUCGCGGAGAGGAGAUGGAAAGAUCGUACUCCGACUCGGAGGACAAGGCCGAGCCCGCACUGGGCCAGCGUCCAACCAUGGAACGCAACAACUCCGAGAACAGAUUUGAUGCCAGGAGGGCCGGCACGAGGACGAAUCUCCUGCCGCUGUCCCUGCCGUCGUCGUCAUCGUCUUCGAGACCGUCGUGGAAGGACCUCGGGCGAGGUUUUGGCUACGACAUCGAAGAGGAGCCCGACAAGGAGCACGACGACGAAGCUGGAAAGAUGGCCGGCAUGCCAGCUCAUGACGUGGAAGACGACGCGAGGACCAACCCCAGCGAAGACGCAGACGCGUCCGACAACGACCUGGACGACGAUGACGAGGCAGGCGACACACUGCAGCAGCAGCAACGCACCAAGGGCCUCUCUACGCUGAGCGAAGAAGAAGACGCCGCCUCUUCAAUGUCGGACUCGGACUCGGACCUGGUCGACUCGGCGUCGCUCUCGGGCGAGUACAGCAACCCGUCAGACGAAGAGGCCGCUCGCCAGGCACGAGGCGAGAGGAAUGCCCUUCGAGCCGAACGCCGUGCUGCCAAGGCCAUUGCCAAGGGACGGGAACGGGAGCGUGAACGGCGCGAGCGCAAUGGUCUCGCUCCCCAGCCGGACCAGUCCCAGCUGGGCCUCGUUGCGCCCCACCCCGGCAAUCGCAGUCGUGCCUACACGGGCGACACGCUGCCGAGCAGCAGCAUCGGCGGCCAGCGCGAGUACGGCGAUGACGACAGCGACAUCAUCUCCAACCCCUCCGACGAGGUCGACGACGACAGCCGGGGUCUCGACUUUGCAGGCAGCGGACCGCUGGACGUGAACCCACACGACGCACAGCAUCACGAUUACCGCUACUCUCAUCGCAACGUUGCUGCAGGCGCCGAUGGCUCCUUUGGCUUCGGAGGUGCUGCCGGCUCAACCGAGAUGCAAGCCACCCUGUCUCGUGCCAGCUCCAAGACGUUUGGUGGCAGUGGACUCAAUCCCACUGCGCGCGAAUUCAACCUGGGAGGAGGAGGAGCAGGAGGAGGAGGAGGAGCAGGAGGAUUCGGUGGCGGUGAAGCCGGCGCAGACUCGGCGCAUUUCCGGCUGCCCAGCAUUAACAACUCCAGCUUCGGUGGCUCGCUCGACAUGCGCGAGGCCACGGGCACAGGCACGAGAAGCCUCAAUGCGGCUGCGCCCUCGUUCACGCCUGGCGCAUUCACCUUCCAAGCGCCCGGAGGAGCGCCCAAGCUGCCCCAGCUUGCUCGACCCAGCGAGGGAGCCGCUGCGUUUGGCGUGGACUUUAAUUCCAACGAGGCCGACGAAGCGCUACGAACAUCGCAGGGCCGCGAGAAGCGGCAGCGGUUCAGGGGCUCGGACGUGCAGACGAACCUCGACGAUGCAGACGAGCCUGCUUUCCCUUCGAGCCCGCCCAGGCCCCGUCCCUCGGCGGCCAGCAUCGAGGGACCGCUCCGGGAUGGAUUUGGUGGGUUCAGCGCGCAGCAGCAUCCGCCGCCUUUCAAUGCGAACCCUCGAGGACCGCUCGAUUCGGACGACCUCGCCAUCGGCAAGCCCCAGGGUACCACGGGCACCUUUGCCUUCAAGGCCACUGCGCCUGCCUUUACGCCCACCUGGAGUCGUGCUACGGCCGCUGGCGCGCCAUCGAACCGGCCUGGAAUCCCAAGCUUCGCCGAGCCUGCCAUUGCAAACGGUGGCAGUGGCUCAACCGUGCCGAAAGCCGACUUCACAUUCAGCAUCGCUGCAGGGAACAAGGCUGUCCCGAUCCGCAGGCCCGAGGAGGCUGCCGCAGACGAACAGUACUCGGCAGACCAGGGCCACGACCAGCACCAGGAUCAAGACCAGGAGAACCGCGGCGUGGCUGGGCCGACGAAAUCACUGACCCACCAGCGGCUCGGCAGCAAUACAGCGGCGAGGCGGCGGCCCCUUGCGCCCGUCUGGCAGAGAGAGUCGAGAUCCGAGGCCAUUGAUAUUCCUGGAUUCCAGCACCAUGCUGCCCAUCCCUCUGCCACGAGCACAUUGGACAUGUCGCUGGACGACGAGGAAGAGGACCCGGCCUCACGGCGUGCACAAAGCCGGCCUCGUGGAAGACGCUCUCUUCCGCAGGACGACAAGGUGGACGACGACGGCGAUGACGACGACGAUGAUGAUGACGACGACGACGAUACGGUGUCGGACAUCAUCGAGGAGCUUGGCCAGCGAAUGGACAAGUCGCUGGAGGGCUGGGCGGGCAAGAUCCUCGACGAAGUCACGAUCAUGGGCCAGGUCCGACCGGCCAACAUGGUCAGCCUCGACUCGUACGAGCGAGAGACGCUCAUCGACGCCAUGGCCGAGCAGGUCGAGCGCAUCGUCACGGACAACUACCAGACGCUGUCGCAGAGCCUGGCCGAGAUUGCGGCGAGGCAGCUCAGAGCCGUGUCGCAGCACGACGCAGAUGUUGGCGACGACUCGAGCGUCACGAUCAAGGCUCAGCGGCGACUGUUGGAGCACUCCUCUUCCUCGUCACCCGAGGACAUGCACCUUGCUGGUACGCAGCGUGGACAUGCACCGCUCGACGCACAGGGCGAGCUUGACUUUGACUUUGUGCAGGAGGUCCUCGAUCAAAAGAUCAGCAACCUGCUUAGGGACGUGUCGGCACGAUUCGACACGGCCCUCCCACAAGCCAUGGGCGACGUCUCCAAGAAGCUCGAGGAUGUCGUCGAGAGGGCAAAGACAGCAGCCAGCCAGACCAAGGAAGUGCCGGCCGUCUUGCCAUCCACGGUCGAUGGCCCUGCCAAGCCGGUGGACCUGUCGACAGAGGCAUCCGAGACGCUAAGUGCCUUGCUCAUUGGCCGAUUGCAGCCCGUGCUCGAGGAGGCCGAGGAGAACGGAGCCAAGAACCGUCGGGCUGAGCUCGUCGAUGUGCUGGAACCGCUGCUGGAGGAGCACAUGGCCAGGACGAGAGCCAAAGCCGAGGCAGAGCGCCAGGACGUGACACACGCGCUCAACGAGAUGCUCACCCGAAAGGUGGCCGAGUGGGAAAGAACGCUGGCCGACGUCAAGGAAGCCACGGGAGACCAGAUGCAGACGUUGCUCGUCAAGACGCUCCUGCCCCAUCUCGAGACGCUCAGGACCGAUGCAGUCGACCCAGACGUCGUUGCGGCGCGCGUCACGGAGAUUCUCGCGCCCAUGAUUGAAGAAGGGAAGCGGUCGACGCUGGGUGGAUCUGGACCCAGCAUGAGGGGCCUGGAGAGAAACCUCAGCGAGGAUGGCGGCUCCACGACGAUGACGUCGCAGUCCUCGUCGGCCACGACGUAUGCUGGCCCCGAGUCGAUUGCAGACGCCACGCUUGAAAAGCUCAAGCCCUACUUCUCUACGGGUGGCGUCCUCUCUUCUCUUGGCGGCGGAGAAGGAGCUGCACCUGGUCCUGCAACCUUCGACGUUGAGGACCUUGCCGAGCGUCUGAGUGUUGCCUUUGCGGCAAAGCAACGCUCCGUGGCCAGCGACGAGGGCAGGGGUCUGGAUCUGGAGCCGGUGCUUGCACUGCUGGAGCCGCUGGUGGCCAAGCAGGAAGAGGCAAGGAACCUGGCUCGCACCAUCGUCGAUCGCCAGCGCGAGGUCGAGAGCGCGCUCGAGAGCUCCCUGGGCGCGUUCCCCAAGGCCGUCAAUGCAAAGAUGGAGGUCUUCCUCUCCACUGCCCAGCAGACGCAUGACGCCCACCGCGACAUCCUCAGCAGGCUCGAUGCCCUCUCGACUACGUUUGACGGCUCGACGAACCGCGCGGCCGAGCUCGAAGAGAGGCGCGACGAGCUGCUCAUCACGCUCGACGAGGCCAGGAGGGAGGCGAGCGAGGCCAAGGUCGAGGUCGAGCUCGCGCGAGGCGAGCUGACGGUGAGCAACGGCUACAAUGCGCAGCUCAAGGAGGAGCUUUCGAGGCUGGAGUCGAGGCUGGAUCUGGCCGAAAAGGGCGCCGACGAGGUCAGCAACUCCACCACCGAGCUUAGGCGAAGGGAGGCCGAGCUGCAGGAGAGGGCCAAGGUGGCAGAGAGAGAGGCGCAGGAGACAGAGGCCAAGAGGCGACAGGACCAGGCGCAGCUGGAGGCCCUCGAGUCGCAGAAUCAGCUCAUGAAGAAGCACAUUGACGAGCUUGUGGCAGAGAUGCACGCUUCGAGGGAGGAUCGGACCCGAGAGCGUGAAAUCGCGGCGCAGGCGACGGCUGAAGCGCUGGCUCGAUGUGCAAAGGCCGAAGAGCUCCUUUCCGAUGCGCAGAAGCGCGCAGACGAUCGUGUCGAUGAGGCUGCGCGCGUCGAGAGGGUCGCUCGCGACGAUGUGCAAAAGACCGUCGAGGAUGCUGCCCGUUCCGAGGGCGAGAUUGCCGCGCUGCAGAAGCGUGUGGGCGAGCAAGACGCCAAGAUUGCCAAUCUGCAGCAGCUGACGGCGACGCAGAAGCAAAAGGCUGCACAGAGCCAGCAGAAGCUCAGCGAGGCCGACAAGAGGACGAGGGACCACGAGAAGCAGACGCAGGAGCUGGCUGUCGCCAAUGCCCGGCUGGCUGAGAUGGAGGCCAGGGUGCAGGACCGCGAGGAUCUCGAAAUGAGGCUGCGGCAGAGCCAGGACAGUGAGAUGGACUUGCGGCAGGAAUUGACGGCCUACCAUGCGCGCUUCCUCGACCUGGAGCGGGACCUCAUCACGAUGAAGGAGACGCUCGUUGGUAAAGAGGAGCUCGAGGCCGCUCAGGCCGACCUGGUUGCGUCGAGGGAGGAGGCGGCCAACCUCCGUGGACAGCUCGCCGCAGCAGAGCGCCAGUUGCAGCAGCGAGAUGCCGUCGCGAUGCCGCCGACGUUCCAGACCGGUGGCGCGCCGAUCAAGGCCUUUACGACGUGGCACAACGAAGACAGCCCGAGCAACCACGGGAGUAGCACCUGGGCCAGCAUUCACGCGCCCAGCGGUGGCGAAACGAGCAACGAUGCCACACAGCAGCACCCACACCUCCGCCCCUUCUCCUCGGACGCAAACAACGAUGCCAGCUUCUCGGCCAUGAGCGACUAUUCCGUCAUGAGCCACGGGAGAACCGUGGCGAGGGGCGACGACGGCUGGUGGAGCUGA